AAAUAUGCAUUGAAAUGUAUCAUUGCUUUGUCGAAUUUGCUCCGAGACAAUGAAACACUUCAUGAUUCCUACCUAGGUAGGUAUCUUCGCUUGGUGCGCAAUAUGUCUCGUCCAUCGGACACGUUUAUACCAACGACAAAUCGAAAAGGGAUCAAUGAUUUCUAGGAAAUCACAACAGGGCUUCGAACAAUCCCCGUAGAAUCGCUCCUUUUUGCUAUUGUGGCGUGUAAGCUGAAGGAUCAGGUCCAAUUAGCUUCCUUAUCCUACAAGGUUGCAUAUAUAUGAUGCAAGUUGCUAUAGCUAUCCACUCUGGGGCCAAACUUCCUUGUUCUACUCUGGGGAAGCCUGUAAGCUCUUGUAAAGUUGACGCAAUGAUGUAUUCCAAUCAGAACUUGGGUCAUAGUUGGUCCCAGCCUUGGUUUUCGGGACACCUUGGAGACAGUGAGAUCAUUCUUUGCGCAUCUAAUUACUAAGAUGAACACAGCAUUCGACUUUAGUGCCAUUAACUGUUACACCACUGAAGCCUCUAUAUACCUGUGAAAGGUAUCCGUCAAACUGUCUCCUCACUUUAUUGUUCGUUAUCAGUGGACGCUUUUAGUCAAGCAACGCACCUCUCGCUACGAUCCAGAUUCCAUACAAUUCACAUCAUCCACAACCGCAAAAAUCACAGAAAUGGCAGACACACAAGAAGCUCCUAAAAAAGCCUUGAAGAAGACUAACAAAACUCCUAUCAAGAAGAAGCCUUCGACUCCUAAAGCAGAUACCUCUUCAGUACCGAGUGAAAAGCCAUCGGUUCCAAACACACCAACUGUCCCAAAAGAUACCAGCGAUGUAACGAAAUCCGCAAAGCAGGGCUCCACCACCAAAGCCAAGAAAUUCGCACCUAAAUUACCAGCAACACCACCAGCUGACAAAAACAUACCACACCCUGAAGUGACAUCUCCUUCGCCAGCGCCAAAAUCCCAAAGCAAGCCAAAGAUCAAGAAAUUCAAAAAGCCAGUCGAAAACCCCGAGCCAGUUCCUGAGCCAGAGGAACAAGAGAAAGACGGCGAACAAGACGAUAACGACCAAUCUGAGAAGGAGGAGCCCCAGUCUGAGAAGCCAAAAUCUAAGCCAAAGAAAUUUUCAAAGGCUAAGAAAUCUGAGCCUGAGCCUCAACCUGAGCAAGACGAGCCAGAUCAUGACGAGGAAGCAGACAACGAGCCUGAACAAGAUGAAGACCACGUUGAGCCUGAGCCAAAGAAGGAGGCCCCUCGGCCAAAGAAGUUUUCAAAAACCAAGAAACCUGAACCAAAGCCAGAACCUGAAGAGCAAGAUCAGGAAUCUGAAGCCGAGGCUGAAGGUGAACAGGAAGAGCCAGAGAAGGUAGAACAAAAGGAGGAAGCACCUCGACCGAAGAAAUUUUCAAAGACCAAAAAGUCUCAACCCAAGCCGGAACCCCAAGGUCAAAACGAAGAAUCCGAGGGUGAGGCUGAACAAGAAGAACCAAUCAAGGCAAAUAAGAAGGAGGAACAUGAUGAAGGUAUCGAAAUGGCAGAUGGUGAGGAAGACGGGGAAGAUAAUGAAGAUGAAGCCGAAAAUGAGGGCGAAGUAGAUGACGAUUCCGAUGUUCAAGAUGACGAGGAACAAGAUGUCAGCGAGGAAGAAGAGGAUGAAGAGGAAGGAGAUGAUCAAGAUGAGGAAAAUGAAGAAGAAGAGGAAGAGGAAAAUGAAUUGGCUGAAGCUAUUCCCGAUGUCCAACCAGAUGUUAUUACCUCAGCACCUCCUAUCCCAGACGACUUCAAGGAAAGCAUCGAGCCUCUCAAGUCAGUAACUAAGUCUGAGCCUACUAAGCAAGUUACAAAGUCUAUCGAAGACGCAAAAGACUCGGUCCCUGAGCCUGCAAAGGAAGCUGCUAAACGACCAAAGAAAUUCCUAAGCAAGGCUUCCAAGGCUGCCCAAAAAGCCCAAGGCCAAGUCAAUGGUUUUGCGGAUGACAGCUCCAAGAAAGCUCAAGACACUGUCGAUACUGCACCUGGCGCUGACCAAGUUAAGGAUACUGCAUCCGGCGCAACCGACAAAGCCAAAGAUACUGGAGACAAAGCAUCUAAAGUAUCCAAGGAAGGAGUUGAUAAAGUCAAGGAGACUACUGAAAAAGUUCCGGACGCUGAUCAAGCCACCAGUGCUGCUGAUGGUGCAACUUCCAAGGCUCAAGAUGCUGGAUCGAAGGUAAAGGACAAUGCUGAAAAGGCUACCAGUGAGGUCAAAAAUGCUACACAAGGAAAAACCGAUGAAGCAUCCAAGCUCGGCAAAGAUGCUAGUGACAAGGUCAAUGGAGUUGCGAGUGACUUAAAGGACAAAUCCUCGGAUGCCACCGAUGGUGCCCAGGGUAAAGUCAAUGAUACUAAGUCAAAAGUCAACGGAGUCGCCGGCGAUGUCAAAGACAAAGUUGGAAAUGCCAAAGAUGAUGCGCAAAAGAAGCUUGGCGAUGCUAAAGACACCGCUGGAGAGAAGCUCGAUGGCGUUAAGGGCUCAACUGAUGAUGUCAAGGGUGGUUUACCGUCCACAGAUGAUGCCCAGAAAACUUUGGGUGAAAGUAGCGAAAAAGCUAAGGGUGCAUUGGGAGGAAUCCCUGGCACUGAUAAGGCUACCGAUGCUGUGAAUGGAGUCAAGGACCAAGCUGAGGGAGCAACAGACAGUGCCAAGGACUUUCAAGUUAACAUUCCAAACAUCAAUGACAUUGUCGGUAAGAGUAUCUCUGUUAUCAAAGACGGCUACCUCUUUGACGACCAAGGAAAUGUUAUUGGUCAAGCUACUUCCAACUUUUCAGGGAAGGCAAUUGGUUCUUUCAAAUCUAAGGAAUUGGAGGCCAGAGCAACACAACAAGUUCAAUCUAUCGGCAACAUUGAGAAGCCAAAACUCGAUGGACCGACAUCUGGAGAUGUAGGAUCUCUGGCCGGCGCAUCAGGGCAAAACGCGGAUGCUGCUGCUGCAAGUAGUCCAAGUGAAAUUUUCUUGGAUGUCAAGAGUACAAAUGAGGGGAUCAGUCUGCAAAUCAGAAUUCCUACUGCGUUUAUGAUGAGACCUGGUAAUUAGGGUCGGCGCUAUGGUUAUGGUAGGGUAAUAUUUCGCGGAAUGGACGGAUCUGUCAGGCUGGAUGGUAAUGAGUAUGGAUGGAUGGGUACUGGGAUGGUUUGGUUUGGUUUAGUCUUUUGAAGUUUAUGUUUCAUUAAUGGUUUCAGCACACGGAAUUUACGAUUCAAAAGCCAGCGUGUUAUUUCAGCGUUUAACAUUCAUGUAUAUGUAGCUCUACUGUUCACUUAAUCAAAAAUUUGGUAAUAUUUGCGACUUGGUC